UUUGGGUGAACUAACCCUUUAAGCUAUAUAGUCACCCAUGAAUGAUCUAGAAUGGUCUUAAAGGGACAGUUCACCAAAAAAUUUAAAUUUUGUCAUCAUUUACUCACCCUUAAUUUUUUUUCCCAUACUGUGGAAGUCAUUGGUGCCCCACAACUGUUUGGUUACGAACAUUCUUCAAAAUGUCUUCUUUUGUGUUCAGCAGAACAAAGAAAUUUAUACAGUUUCAGAACAACUUGAGGGUGAGUAAAUGAUGACAGAAUUUUAAUCCCUUUAAGAAAAGAUUUAACAAAAGAUUCUGAUUGGUCGAUCGCGGCAUUCAGUGGUCAGAUAUUUCCUACUAUUUGCCGUCGUCCAUGGCAAUUCUGUAUUGAGCAAUUCAGUACUAACAUACUGUAAUUUUGCUGCAGUGUUCGUCUUGUUGCUAGGCUGAUUGUUUUGUAAAUUUUAGUAUGCAAUAAAAAAUAUAAAUAUUUAUAUUACAACAAUCAGCCAUUUAUAUUGUAACCUAAAAACAAUGAAAAAAAAAAUGAAAUGCAUAUUUUUAGCAUUUAUAUGUUAGUACCCGUCUGUACGGACAUUGUCAUUCUCCUGCAUGAAUUAAAAGGGCUUCUAAAAUAGCACCCUUCAUCCACUGCACUUAAUCCAUCAGGGGUUUGCAUGGGGACUCCAAAGGACAGGUUCCCAUGGAAACUGAUUUAUAUCCUAAUUAAAAUGGGAGGGUAGUUUAAUUAGCUUAACACUGGUUAUGGCCGGCCGUCCUUGGUGGAGGUGUGAGGAGAGGGGUCAUUGCUCUGUGUUGUAUCCAUGAGGAGCGCCUCACUAAAAGGUUAAAGCACCUGUGGAUCCAGAUAGCUCCCUCUCCAGCACCUCAGUGUCAGCUACGCCCUUCAUCUUCUGUUUUCUAAAGCUGGAUAAUUAAUGACCAGCUUCAGGCUAAAUGAGCUUCAAAUGGCCGGACCACCAGAUUACAUCUCGUGUUUUAUUUUUCCCCCGGAAAAAUUACGCCCGUGUCUCUUCAGUUGCAAAUUGAGACGGUUUUGUCAAACAGUCUUUGUUGGUUUCAUGUGAGGGGGGUUUAUAAUUAAAUGAGAGUGCUUUAAAUGAUUUGUUAAUUAGUCAAAGGUGGUUAAAAUCAUGUAAAUCCUUAAUACAAUCAUUCUUCAAACAAAGCUAAUCUUUUGUAAUUAUAUUAAUUGCAUACAAUUACUUGCUUAAAUUGAUCAGUGUGUGGAAAGCAUGACAUGGCUAUUAUAAUAUUAUGGAAUGGAGAUUGAAUUGUUUUCUUUUGUUGAAGGCGGUCAGAAUCUGGCAUUAGUUUUCAGAGGCGGUUGGGUUUCUGGACCCCAUUACUGUCCUGUCAAUCACUGGGUCCUCUUCCUCACCACCGUGUGAUGGCUGCCCAUACCUUUAAUAGCGAAUAUAAAUCAUAAUUCAAACCCCACAACUCCUAAUCAUUUGUUUUUAUGUUUUUCUCUUCAAAGCGUUUUGGUAAAUACUCUUGCAGCAAUGUGACGGAGAAACACUGCUUUAAUCACCUUUAACAGGCUUUAGAAGAAAAGGGAAGCUGCUGUCGCAAGCUAAUUCACUGGAACAUGUUCAGAUCUGCAGCCCUGAUCUGUGUGACGGCAUUAAAGAUUUUUUUUUUCUUCUUAAGGAUCUUCAGGAAAAUGCUUUAAUGCUCAAAGGCACAGAGAGCUGCUGAGACAGAGUAUUAACUAGCUUUAGCUUAGAUUCUCUGUUACCUGUGGGAAAUUCACAAUAAAGGGAAAACUAAAGUCGAUAUGCCUAUGUGUUCAGAAUAUUACUCUGGAUAUAUGAGAAGUGUAGCAGUUUGCUUUGGUUUUAAUAGCCUACAUAGUAAGUGAAGCUUGCAGGCUGGUAUAUUCCACGAUAAACCAAAUGCAUAUCACUGUCAAACGACAAACUCAUUAUGAAGUAAUUAACUGGUGAUUUAUAAGAUAAUUAAUCAGCCAUAUGAGAAAUCAGCAAAAGUGGGCAUCAAGUCAACAUUGUUCAUUCUCAGUUCCAAAAUAAGCAACAUGCCCAUGUAUGAAGCACCACAUUGUUGUGCAAUAGCAGAUGGCACUAUGUUUCCAUGGCAACCAAAUUAAGGUUUCAUUAAAUUGUUAGAGCCCUAUACAAUGAAGGAUGAUGAAUAAGUUAACCGAAGAAGUCAUAGCGCUCUGGGAACAGUUGCAGUAUUAUUUAAUAGGCUAAUACGAGUAAAGUAAAUAGCUAACCAGCGUUACAUAUAGCAAACUCAACUACUUUCUCUCGUAAAUCAAUGCAAAUCUGAAGAAAUAUGUCGAAUGGGAGCGAGUGUAACACAUUAAAGCGCGUUAAAAAGCCAAGUUAAACGGUGUGUCGCGCGCCGAAUGCUGCGUUCAUGUUAUUCUCAUCAUCUCGCGCAUAUUUGGAGCGUUUCAUAGCAGGGCUGCGGGCGGGCGGGCGCGCGCUCGGUGCAAUAUAUUUUACUUGCAAAGCGAAGUCCGAGGCAGCGCCAUCCUGUGAUUUUAUUUCAAUGCCAACUUGCAUAGCCUACUUGAACCGGUUUUAGUUUCUGUAACUGUUUCCAACCGACAUGUACUAAGAUCUCGCUCAUCAUCAGUCCUCACAGUGGUGCUGAACUGCAGCCUUCGCUGUCUUACUGUUGAGCGCUCGUCAGGGGAGCGGACCUGCAUCCUAAAGCAAACCUUUCUGAGACAUUGCAGUCCUGUCACGUCUUCGGCUCUCCUAUUUGCCUCCAACACGAGAGCGGAGAGAAGAAGAAGAAGAAGAAGAAGAAGAAGCGGUUCAACGGUGGUGACAUGGCAAGAAGCAGCAUUAUUUAAAGUGGUCAAUCUUCUGCUCUUUUAAUUCCACUGCAGCAACCUGAUGCAGUGAAGGAGCUCUUGAGGCUAUGCACUUGCCUGCAUUUGGUGAAAGCAUGUUGUGGGUUACACUGCUAAGCACAAUUGCACUUGGAUGGACGACACCUAUCCCUCUACUUGAUGAUUCAGAAGAAAUAGACGAGCCUUGCUUUGAGCCCUGCUACUGCGAAGUGAAGGAAGGCCUGUUUCACGUUCAUUGUGACAGCAAAGGAUUUACAAAUAUUAGCCAAGUCUCACAGUCAUGGCUUAGACCAUUCAAGCUCUACCUGCAGAAAAACUCUUUACGGAAGCUAUACUUCAACAGCUUUUUGCACUUGAACAAUGCAGUGGCCAUUAAUCUGGGCAAUAAUGCCCUGCAGGACAUCCAUGUUGGGGCUUUCAAUGGUUUGAGCUCCCUGAAGAGGUUGUACCUUCACGAAAACAAGCUGGAAGUGUUCCGGAAUGACACAUUUCUCGGACUGGAGAGUUUAGAAUACCUUCAGGCAGACUAUAAUGUUAUCAAGAGAAUAGACAGUGGGGCGUUUCGAAAUCUCCACAAACUCAGAGUGCUCAUUCUUAAUGACAAUUUAAUACCCAUGCUGCCGGCGUUUCUUUUCAGAUCUGUCUCUCUGACGCACCUUGACUUGAGAGGCAAUCGACUAAAGACGUUGGCUUACAAAGGGAUUUUGGAAUAUAUCGGUCGCAGUCUUAUGGAGAUCCAGUUGGAGGAGAACCCUUGGAACUGUGUCUGCGAUAUCAUCCAGCUCAAGGCCUGGUUGGAGCGGAUUCCGUACACUGCGGUUGUUGGCGAGAUCACGUGCGAGUACCCUUUCCACCUCCACGGAAAGGACCUCAGAGAGAUCAAACGCGGCGAGCUUUGUCCCUUAUUAAAUGAAGCAGAGAUUGAGUCAAUUCUAGCCGUCCUACACUUACCAUUCUACACAGGGAGGGCGAGGCCUACAAAGCCGUCAUCUAUAGUCUCCCCCAAUCAAAACACUGUCUCCUCCGUGGAACAAAGAGAAAGACCUCCAAAGCCAACAAAAAGACCCAGGCCCUCAAAGACACCACCAACACCACGCAGUGUGUUCCCUAAUCAGCCGCCUGUAGCCGGAUACCAGACAAGGCCGCCUAUACCUAUCAUUUGCCCCAUUGGAUGUACAUGUAACUUGCAUAUUAAUGACCUUGGUUUGACAGUCAACUGUAAGGAAAAUGGAUUUCGGAACAUUUCCGAGUUGAUGCCUCGACCCUUGAACGCCAAGAAGCUUUACUUGAGUGGAAAUCUCAUUCAGAGAAUAUACAAGUCCGAUUUUUGGAAUUUCUCCAGUCUUGAUUUAUUGCACUUGGGAAACAAUCAGAUAUUUUACGUUCAAGAGGGGGCUUUUGUUAAUCUCCCUAAUUUGAGAAGCCUUUACCUGAACGGUAAUAGUAUUGUGAAGUUAACUCUUGAUAUGUUCCACGGUUUGCACAGCCUUGAGUAUUUGUAUUUCGAGUACAAUGAGAUACGAGAAAUCCAGCCGGCUGCCUUCAGUUUAAUGCCCUCCCUGCAGCUAGUCUUUCUCAACAACAACCUCUUGCGAACGUUGCCCGUGGGAGCAUUCGCAGGUACCUCGCUGACACGCUUGAACCUGCGGAACAACUACUUUCAUUGCCUACCAGUCAGCGGUGUUCUAGAACACCUGCAUGCUGUCGUCCAGAUCGACCUGAAUCAGAACCCCUGGGACUGCUCCUGCGACAUCAUCCCUCUCAAAGAGUGGCUGGACACGCUGAGCUUAGUGGUCAUAGUCGGAGAAGUGGUGUGUAAGACCCCCGAGCUGGUCUCAGGAAAAGAUUUACGCUCUCUGAAUUCUGAGGUGAUUUGCCCUGAGCUCAGACAGUCCUCACUGUCUCCUGCCGAAUCAGAUGGGCUUAUCACUACAUAUCCCGAGGUGGGACCGCACCCGCCGAAAGGUGCCAUACCCCUCUCUGUUCUCAUCCUCAGCCUGCUGGUUCUGUUUGUGUCUGCUUUCUUUGCUGCUGCAGCUCUUUGCGCAUAUGCUCUUAAAAAGCGUGAAAAGCUUCCCUUUAGGAAGCAAGGGGAAGUGGGCCUGGCAGGCAUUCAGAUGGAAUGUGGAAUAUUCACAGAACAGCCACCGACCUUACCAGAAACUCCUCCUUCCAAUCACGUGUACGAUAGCAUCGGUGCUCCCUCCUCGCACAUGUGCAGCAACCCCGUUUACAAAAGCGGACAGGAGGAGUCAGGGCAGAAGCAUCCAUUCUCAGAGACAAAAGAGAGCGGUUCGCAUUACAGAACGCUGGUGGAGAAGGAAAAGGAGUGGACCAUGGCCAUCUCCAGCUCCCCCAUUAACACUAUCGUCAGCGUCGGCGCACCGUGUGGUGACAUUGCCGGCUUUCAUGAAAACGGAAUACUCUGUCCGACUGUCAUUGAUAGCCAAGGUCCCACGCCCAAGGUGGGAUUAGUGGACAGUCUUUUUGGCACAACUCCCCAGUUUAGCAACCUGCCUGACAGACACACGCACCCUCCCUCAGAGUAUCCACACGCCAAACAGGAUGCCAGACAAAAGCAAACGAUCACAACCACCACAGGGACAAGGACAGGAUGUCCUAAUCAAACCCAAAGUGAUUAUCCUGAGCUGAGGGCUAGACUCAAAACAAAGAUGGAUUACAUUGAUAUGUUGGAGAGGUCAUAUCAAUUCUAAGACAUGUCAGAUAUAAGACUGCACAUCCAAAAUGAAAAUGGUAAGAUGGAAAAAGAAUUCGCGCAAUGUAAGAUGGUACGGUUUUCCCUCAAGUUGCUCUGGAGGAAAUCCCUUGUUCAGAUUUUUUAAAGUGCCUUCAUAAGAGCAGCCAGCAAUGUUGUAAAUGAGUAUUUUUGUAUCACAGUUUUAUUUAUCUAAAAUACAUAGAUUUACACUGGAAGGAAAAGGAUCAACUGCGGUUUCCAGACUUUGCAAUGUUGGUAAACGUGAAGCAAAUUAUACGUAUGAAUGCAGGGCGUGCGGUCUUGGCUUUUAACUCGUUUGCAUCAAAAACUUCGGAGAUAUUUUUUAUUUAACUGAAAAUUGUCUAUCAGCAAUAGAGAUACUGCAGUUAUUGUAUAACUGUCAAGUGCUUUGUUGAAUCUGUAUUUUCAAAUUGAGUAGAUUGUCUUUAUCUGGACUUAAUGAAUGGUUUUAUGGACCAAGGUAAGGUCAAAACAUGUAAAAGAUUGGGAACUAUUGAUCAUGUCUACGGACGUACCUUCUCACAAAGGCAAAGACAGAUCUGUGCAUAUAUUUAUUCUUAGAUUUCAGUGUUGCAAUUAUUAUUGUAAGACAUCAUGUUAAAUCAGUGUAUAAUGAUUAUGCCUCUGGUUUAGCCUUCCUUGAAAAAAGAAAACCCAUGAAUUCAAUAAAGGGUGCUAAACUAA